AUGGGGCUGCUGCUGACCAAGAUGAUGACUGUGUUUGGGGACAAAGAACACAAAGUCGUCCUUGUGGGUUUGGACAACGCCGGAAAAACAACAAUCCUCUACCAGUUCUUGACAAAGGAGGCAGUGCACACAUCUCCAACAAUAGGAAGUAACGUAGAAGAAAUCACCGUUCGAAAUACACACUUCUUGGUUUGGGACAUCGGAGGACAAGAAAGCCUCCGAGCGACCUGGUACUCCUACUUCUGCCACACGGAGAUUGUCAUUCUGGUGGUGGACAGCACAGACCGGGAGCGGCUCACGGUCACUAAAGAGGAGCUGCACAGAAUGCUUGCACAUGAGGACCUCCAAAAUGCCUCCGUGCUGGUUCUGGCCAACAAACAGGACGUGAAGAACUCCAUGACGGCGGCAGAGAUCUCCCAGUGUUUGACUUUGGACACGAUCACCUCUCACUCCUGGCAUGUCCAGGCCUGCUGCGCGCUGACGGGAGAAGGCUUACCUGCCAGCCUGGAUUGGAUGCGGACCAAAGUUCUGGCAAAUUGA